AUGGCGGGGCCGGCUUGCCUGAGUCGUCUCCCGGUGCCGCUCACGGCGUCUCGGAGCUUGCCUGCCCUCGGAGCACAAGCCAAGGUGCAGAAGGCCGGCUGCUUUGAGCCGCCUGCACAUGGUGCACGGGAAGCUGCAUUGACAGCAGCUGCUUCCGUGACGGCGAUCUUGGCCGCCUCCGCACGCAGGAUACAUCCCGCGACCUCGCAUCGGUGUAGCCUGCGGGGCCGUGUGGCUCGCUUUGCUGCUGAUGGGGCCGGCAUGCCAACGCUGCAUGCGCGGAAUGACCAGGGUCUGGCCAUAUCUGCUGUGGUUUGUUCUGCGACAGCUAGAAGGGCCUCGGUGGUCACGGCUUUGCGGGGCUUGGGGCCGGAUAGGGAACAGCGGGCCCAUGCUGAGGAUAUGAUCGAGGUCCUUCUGCACCCAAAGGAGCAAGUGGAAUUUCAGGACCUUGGAGACGUCGGAGCUUCUCUGAAAGGGGGUCGAGACAUGUGGAUCAUUGGCAGCGCACCGGAAGUGCUUCAAGUCGCCAAAGACAUCGCUGAAGCCUUGAAGGUGCCGGUUCUUUCUGCAGCUGCCGAAGCAGUGGUCAAAAAGGUUGAAAACAAUGGUUCCACGAAGGUGGCCACUUUCUUGGUCGGUGAAGAGCUCCGCACAGUGACCUUGCUUGCAGUUCCCCCAGCGCAAAGCCGCGUGGUCUGCAAAGCCCGGCCUGACGUUAUUGCGAAACAUCUGCAAGGCAAGAUCCGAGGCAAGGACAUUGUGAUAGCAGUUACGGAGGAGAAUCGCCUAGCGACGGGUCUUGCAGUAGCUCGUUGCUUGCCACCCUUCGCAAGCAAAGCUGACAUGCCGAGCCCGGCAGAUGCGACAGUGCGCUUCUAUGGUGCAGCACCGGGGCCAUUGCUAGCGAAGUUGAAUCACAUGGCCGCGGCGAUUCGUCUUGCACAGGGACUGGUAGACAUGCCGCCGAACUUCAUUCAGCCCGCGACACUGAAGGAGUUCGUUCUAGCGGCGACGAAAGGCCUGGACAAGGUGACAGCACAUGUCAUCGAAGGAACAGAGCUUCGAGACAAGGGAUACGGGGGCCUUUGGAAUGUGGGCAAAAGUGCUGAUCAGAGACCUCCUUGUCUCAUAGUGCUCACGCAUAACCCCAGCGGCAUGUCGGCAGACGGCGGUCCAGUAGGUGUGGCGCUUGUCGGCAAAGGCAUCACUUAUGACACAGGAGGUGCAUCAUUGAAGCCGCGCGAAGGCAUGUGUGGCAUGAAGCGCGAUAUGGGAGGCGCUGCAGGUGUCUUCGGCGCCUGGUUGGCAGCAGUCAAAUGCGGUGGACUGCCAACAGGAGCUCCGCUUCAUUGCGUGCUGUGUAUCGCCGAGAAUGGCAUUGGCCCAGGCAUGUUCCUGAACGAUGACAUCAUAUUGCACUACUCCGGUUUGACUUCUGAAAUCAAUAACACCGAUGCUGAAGGUCGUUUAGUAUUGGCCGAUGGUGUGGCGCAUGCCGUGAAGAACCUCGGUGCAGAGCUCAUUGUCGACAUGGCCACGCUGACCGGCGCGCAGGCGAUUAGCACCGGGAAGCACUUCUCCUCCAUCCUUGCCUCAGAUGAAGCUUUGGAGAAAGAGAUCGUGGAUGCGGGUCGCGUAUCUGGAGAGGGAGCGCACCCGGGUCUCUUUGCGCCAGAGCUGCUUCUGUCAGAGUUCGACUCUGAGUUUGCGGACAUGAAGAAUUCGGUGAAGGAUCGGCUUGCUAUUGACGCAGCCUGGCUGCAGCUUCCUGACAGUCCCGGCGAGACGUUGGAUCAGUUGCUGCAUCCGAGCUUCCAGUCGAAGUCUGUCUUUCGUUUUGCGUCUCGGAGCUUGCCUGCCCUCGGAGCACAAGCCAAGGUGCAGAAGGCCGGCUGCUUUGAGCCGCCUGCACAUGGUGCACGGGCGUUGACAGCAGCUGCUUCCGUGACGGCGAUCUUGGCCGCCUCCGCACGCAGGAUACAUCCCGCGACCUCGCAUCGGUGUAGCCUGCGGGGCCGUGUGGCUCGCUUUGCUGCUGCUGGGGCCGGCAUGCCAACGCUGCAUGUGGGUCUCGUGGGCUAUGGCCUUGUGGGGCAAGAGCUGGUCGGACAGAUGUGUGCAGCGGCACCCAAGUUGGAGAAAGAGAUCGGGGUGCGCAUCGAAAUUGCCGCAGUGUCCCGUUCUCGCACCAUGGCUCUUCUGCCGGCUGGUACCGCGAGCUUCACGGAGUGGCCGGAAAGUCAGGAGGAGGCGGCAGACUUGAAGAAGCUAGGCCAGCAUGUGGUGGACUUGGCCGCAGCAAGCGGUGGUCGUGCGUUGAUUGUGGACAACACAGCGUCCGACGCACCUGCCGAGAUGUACGAGGCCUGGCUGUUGGCCGGCGCGGAUGUCGCAACGCCCAACAAGCGAGCAGGGAGUGGGCCGAUGCCACGCUACGAAAAGAUUAUGGAGGCGUCUCGCAAGAGCGGCGCGCGCUUCUUGUACGAAGCAACGGUCGGUGCUGGACUCCCCGUUGUGGGUCCGCUUCAGGCGUUGCUCAGAGCAGGCGACGAGGUGGAUACUGUUGAGGGCAUCUUCAGUGGCACCCUGUCCUACAUCUUCAACACGUGGAAGCCCGGUGUGAAGUUCUCUGAAGUGGUGAAGGAGGCGAAGGACAAGGGCUUCACGGAGCCCGACCCCCGAGAUGACCUGGGGGGCACCGACGUCCAGCGCAAGGUGACCAUCCUUGCGCGAGAGAUCGGCUUGAAGAUCGAGCUCGAUGAUGUCCCGGUGAAGUCUCUAGUCCCGGAGAAGCUUCAGAAUUGGGAAGCGCCCGAUGGCAAGAAGCUUGGAGAUGCUUUCGUGGAGGAGCUCACAGCCUAUGAUGAUGAGAUGGAUGCGCUUCUGGAAGAGGCCGAGAAAGCAAACGAGGUGCUGCGAUUUGUCGGGUCCGUGGACGUGAAGUCGGGCAAGGCCUCGGUGAAGCUGGGCAGAUUUCCCAAGGACGCAUGA